UAUUUGUCUGUCAGUCUCCCCCCCCCCUCUCUCUCUCUUCCAAAGUUCCUUACGAACUAUAUCCGACAACAAAGGUUCCGAGUUGUUGGUCAUAUUUAUGAGUUUAUGAGACCGGGUUUUAUGAGGUAUGAUCGCGCGUGUCUCGCUGAGAGGUAAACACACAUGCCACAUGAUGUAAGGAGUGUUAUUGGGUAUUAUUUCGCCUUUUUUUGUUGGGGGGGGGGGCUUCACUUCAAGAGAAUAAUGAUUAAUAAGGUUCAAUCCAAAACCCGGUGUUCAUUUUGGCAAUGAAGUGACACUGAUUUGGCAUUGAAGGACGUAUAUUAACAUAUUUUUUAGUAAUGCUAUUUAAUUUCGGUAAUAAGGAUUCAGACUGAAACUCAAGUUCCUUUUUCAAAAUGAAAUAGACAUGUGCAAAAACCGCAACCCGGAACAAGCCAGCAAAGCAUACUCAAAAACAGGAAAAAAUCGUGACGUCAUACGCUGUUGAUGUUAUCAAGGCUAUAUAAGGAGACUCGGCUCUAUUUUGUUGUGGACGGAGGGAUGGUGUGGCGCAUUUUCCCUGCGAUGAAUAUAGGAAAGAGACGCACAAACGCUACUCUGGCGACGGCUGCUGGUUUGUGCUUCAUGUGCUGUGACUUGUAGGCUUACCUUACCGAUGUUGCGGCAUUUUGGACUUCCAUAUCGAACUGCGUGAAACGGCCGGAGCCAUGGCUGACGAGAGAGAAACAGAAGAAGUGGGACUUCCGCCAGAACGCGAAGCUAGAGACAGUCGAGAUGCGACCCGUAGCUUCGCGAGAAAUGCCGGUUUAUGUGUUCAGGAUCGGUUGGCUUUCGACGAGGACCCGCCGUCGUACGAGAUGAUGUAUCCUUCGAGCAGCGACGAUAGAAACGCCUCAAUCCUCAGCAACACAAAUAUCGACUGUGGCAUCGUCUUGAGCCCAACCAACUUGAAAGAAAACACGAAAUCUCAACCAAACAGCAACCAAAUCGUCCCUCAAACACCACAAGAUACGAAGGUGACGAGCAGACCUGCCAUCAAACACGACGACUCCAAGCUGAAGCUGACGCAAGAAAAUGAAAAGCCAGAAAAGGUCCUCCAAAGAAAAAUCACACUGACCAAGCUUACGGAGACCCGCGAGAAGCUGAUGGUUCAAGCUUCGGGACUGACAAAGGGCGCCAGGGAGACGCUUAGAGAGUUCUGUCAGAAGACGACAGCCCACGGCUUCAGUCACGUGGUAGAAAAGGACAUACACAUAAUUAUGAGGAUUUUCUGGGUCGUCGUCACUUUCGUCAGUCUCGGGGCCUUGCUCUCAGUGGGUUACGACGCCACCUACGCCGCCUUCGUGACCAAGCGCCCCUACACGGAGGUGACCUACAGGAACAACCAGAGCACGGGGAUCCGCCUUCCCGACGUGACCGUCUGCACUCUGUCGGGGUUCUGGAAGAGCAAGAUGGAGCAGUACAACGUGAGCAAGACCCUGGCAUCCUACCUCCUCCUGGCCGUCCGCGGAACAGAGGUCAUCAGCCCCGUGUUGAGUCGUGACCCCAAAAGGAUAAUAUUGUUAAGAGAAGAACUUCGGGAGUACCUGGAAGUCCACAAAGUCACCCUCGAGGAACUCAUAAUAAUGCUUUCCCCAGGAUGCGAGGAACUGGUGAAAGGAUGCUACUCGGCGUCUGAGAGUAUGAGUAGUUCCGAGUGCUGCCAGACGGUGUUGAGGCCGACCAUCACCACACUGGGCGUCUGCUUCACCACACUUAACCAGAAUGGCUUGAGACUCAACCAGACCAUCGCGGGCCUGGUUGGCGGCUACAGGAUUCUCUUCGACGUCGCACUUCGCGAGUAUAUGGAAUUCGACUACAACGUGGUGUCGACGACGUCCUUGGCCGAGGCGGGGAUCCACGUCUCGCUCUCCAACUUCGCCAGCUCGCCCGCCGUCGCCGCCAACAUCCAGGCCGUCCGGAUCGCGCCCAACACCGCCGCCUCCGUUGCUCUGGACGUCACUAAUAUCGACCACACAGAGGUGUACCUGGACGCCUGGCUUCUGCCCAACCCGCGACCUCGGUGUGUGAGCGAGGAAAAAUUCUGGGCCAUGAGUGAGGAGGAGCGAGCCUACACGGGGAGCAACCAGUACUUCUCGUUGCUCUAUCGAGACUGCCUUAACUAUUACUUCAACUGCUCGUUCCUCCCGUUCAUGUUCGCUAAUGAUACGACUAGUGCUUGCAUGCCAGAGAUAACGCUCUACCAAAGCAAAAUAAAUGACGAGAUGAUGGACUGUGUUCAGAAUCACUUGAGCCAGCUGGGUGGAGAUUUUGGAAAGUUGUGCUUCACUACAACCAUUAACCAGCAAUUGAGUUACACAACUCUCAUGGAGAGUGGCGUACAAAGCAUCAUUGACAACAGACUGCUUCCUCCAAACAUAACUCUCUCCAUGGUGAACAUAUAUUACACCGAGCUGGGCUUCACGGAAUACUACGAACGCAUCCCAACUUUCAUCACAUGGUUCAGUGACCUUGGCGGGCAGAUGGGGCUGUUCAUGGGUGCCUCUUUCAUCACACUGGUAGAACUUAUAUUCACCGUGUGCUACGUUCUGCGUGUUCUCUUGACUCGUGGCUUGAGGGUCCUCAUGAAUAAAGUGUGUGGCAACAACACGUAACAUUUUAGAUAAUUGUGAUAUAUAUCUUUUGGUCCACUUUGUAAUAUACAGUAUCUCUAGUGAAGUCAAUACCUGUAAGAAAACCUGUUAUAUUACGUUGUUUUAUUUAUUCAUUUAUGUUUUAUAACCUAGGAAUGUAUGUUAACUUUUGGUCUUUUAUUUAACAUUUUCAAAGUACUACAUUAUAAACCCCAAACAUUCUUAUCAGACAAAGGCAACAAACUAACUUUAUCCAGUAUCAUUAAUAAGAUAUUUUUAUCUGUAUGUAACGUAGGUGAUAAAAGUUCUGAUGAUUAAAUAUUCACCCCGAAUAUAGCAGCGUAUUUUGACCUUUACUGUAAAUAUAUAUUGUGGUAACAGACAUGACAAGAAGGUCGCUGUUGCAAGACUAUUAACCAGUGAAUUACAUCUUCAAUAUGGCUAAGAACAGAUGUGUAGACUUUUAACUUUGUUAUAUGCAAACGUCCAAAAAUGUUUAUCCAAAUACAUAUUCUUGAGGUCAGUAAGGUAAAUGCUAUACAAUGUCUUUGAUCCAUCAAUUAAAAUUUGAAUCAAGAAAAUGGGUACGCUCUAGAAAACCUAAGAAAAUGCAUGAAUCUCAAUAGUUCUCUCCAAUUACCGAGUAAUCCAAAUAUGUGACAAAUAAACUUAACUUACGUUAUUUUAUAUCAA